CAAUAACAAAACAGUUUGUUAAUAUUUCACGGUAACAAUUAAUUGAUAAUUUUGAAUAGUAAGAGCUUUAAUUGACGAAAUAAGUUUGUUGAUUCCAAAAAUGGCUUCUAAGUCGAUCAGAAAAGAUGAAGAACAGCAGAUACAGAUUCAUUUAAUCACAAAACAGGCUCAAUUUGCUGUUCCAAACACACCAUAUACAAUUCCAUCUAAUGUCACAGUGGUAGAAUUAAACAAUCUUAUAAAUACUAUCCUUCAAGAGAAUCAAAAUGAAAUGUUUACAUCUGAAAUUCUGUUUGAUUUUCUUGUGAGAGGAGAGUUCCUGAAAACAAGUUUAUUGAAGCAUUUGAAAGAUAAUGAAAUAUCAUUUGAAGACGUUAUAGAUGUAGAGUAUGUUGAAAGAUUUCCAGCUCCAGAAAUUCUUGAUUGUUUGUUACAUGAUGAUUGGGUCUCUGCUGUUCAAAUGUGUGGCGAAUUGAUUCUUACAGGAAGCUACGAUAAUUCAGUAAAUGUAUGGAACAUGAAAGGAGAACAUAAGUUAACUCUUAGUGGACAUGAAGCUCCCGUAAAAGGCGUUGGCUGGAUAUCAUUGAAUGAAGACAACGGAACUGCAGUUUUCGCUAGUGGAUCUAAAGAUCAGACAGUCAUGAUUUGGGAAUACAAUAUUAAUGCCAAUAAAGCAAGCUGUAUCUUCACUUGCAAAGGUCAUGAGCGAGCUGUGGAGUGUUUAUCGAUUUCACCAAAUAGUAAAUUACUAGCGUCAGGUGGAUGGGACAAUUUCUUGAAAAUUUGGUCUACAUCUACAUUAGAAGAUUAUCAUGGGUCCAGUAAAAAGAUGAAAAUUGAGGAUACAAAUGUAAGGACACCACAAACAACAUUAGAAGGUCAUCGUGAAGCUAUUUCCUCAGUUCAAUGGAUUGAUAAUUCGACUAUUUUAACUUCUUCGUGGGAUCAUACAAUGAAAAUUUGGGAUUUAGAAAUGAAAGCCUUGAAAACCGAAAUUCCUGCAAAUAAAUCAAUAUUUGAAGCUAGUCAUUCGCCUUUAAACGGAAUGAUCAUAGCUGCAUCUUCUGAUAAGAAUCUUCGCCUUUUUGAUCCACGUUCAAACCAUGGAACGAUUGUAAAGAGCACUUUUCUUGGUCAUAGUCAGUGGGUAUCGUCAGUAAAAUGGUCAAAAACUGAAGAAUUUCUUUUCAUUUCUGGAUCAUAUGAUAAUACUGUAAAACUGUGGGAUUAUCGAAGUCCUAAAGCACCCCUAUUUGACUUGAUUGGACACGAGGAUAAAGUGAUGGUCGUUGAUUGGUCGAAUCCAAAAUAUAUGGUUUCUGGCGGUUCUGACAAUUCUUUGAGAAUUUUUAAAUCUAAAAAAGUUUUAGAGGAAUAAAAUAUUGGAAUUAAGAGAACAAAA